AUAUCUCCUCAAUUCAAGAAUCCCACUAGAGGCCCCCUACCCCCAAACAAGGUCAAUUUAGAGGAGAGAGAGGGAGAGACUGAGUAGUGGGGUAAAUGAAUUGAGGUAUGUUUUUGAUUCACAACUGUAGUAAAUGUGCGUUUGUUGUGGAAGGUCUGCUUUAAAUUUGCUUGCAGAAGAGAGAGAAAGAGAGAGAGAGAGAGAGAGGUGCUCGACUCAACACAAAUUUUCUAGAUUUAGAACUCAUAGCUUGCUCAGGGGAUCCAAGAGAAAGAGGGUUUGAAUUGGGUCUCCUUUACCUGGGCUCAGUCAGUAGAAGGCUCUACCAAUAAAGAAAAAAAAAAGCUUCAUUUUGUUUUCCCAGGCUCCAUUGCCAUUCUCUCUCUCUUUGUUUCCGUUUGAACUUUCUUAAAUUCUGAGCAAAUAAGGGGGAAGAAAGUAAGAUUUGAUGCAUCUCUCUCUGUGGAAACCGCUCUCUCAUUGUGCUGCACUGCUAUUGGAUAGAAAGAGCAGAAAAAGAGAUGGUUCUGAGCAUUCAAAUGAGGAAAUUCAGGCUAAUCCAUCAAUUCUGAGGAAAUUGCAAGAGCACAAAUUGAGGGAGGCUCUCGAGGAGGCUUCUGAAGAUGGCUCCCUUGUUAAGUCCCAAGACAUUGAUGGUGAGUCAUUGGCCAAUCAAGAUGAGGGGAUAGGCCGUUCGCGGUCACUGGCACGGCUUAAUGCCCAGAAGGAGUUCCUCAGAGCUACUGCUCUUGCAGCUGACCGCACAUUUGAGUCAGGGGACUCGAUUCCUGAGCUCACUGAGGCCUUGUCCAAGUUCCUGACGAUGUAUCCUAAAUACCAGUCGUCAGAGAGGAUUGAUCAGCUGCGGCAGGAUGAGUACUCGCAUCUCUUGGGGGUUGGUUCAAAGGUAUGCCUUGAUUACUGUGGAUUUGGAUUGUUUUCAUUUCUGCAAAGUGUCCAUUAUUGGGAAUCAUCGACGUUUAGUUUGUCUGAGAUCACGGCUAAUUUAAGUAAUCAUGCUUUGUAUGGGGGAGCUGAGAUUGGGACGGUAGAAUAUGAUAUUAAGACUAGGAUUAUGGAUUAUUUGAACAUCCCUGAGAAUGAAUACGGGCUUGUUUUCACUGUGAGCCGUGGCUCAGCUUUCAAGUUGCUUGCUGAAUCGUAUCCGUUUCACACUAACAAGAGAUUGUUGACCAUGUUUGAUCACGAGAGCCAAUCCGUGAACUGGAUGGCUCAGAGUGCUAGAGAGAAAGGUGCCAAGGUUCAAAGCGCUUGGUUUAGAUGGCCUACUCUCAAGCUCUGUUCGACUGACUUGAGGAAGCAAAUCUCGAACAAAAAGAAGAGGAAGAAAGAUUCUGCAACCGGCCUUUUCGUGUUCCCUGUUCAGUCGAGAGUCACUGGUGCCAAGUACUCGUAUCAGUGGAUGGCUCUUGCCCAACAGAACAACUGGCAUGUCUUGCUCGAUGCUGGAGCAUUGGGCCCGAAGGACAUGGAUUCUCUUGGAUUGUCUUUGUUCCGACCAGACUUCAUCAUCACGUCAUUCUACAAAGUGUUUGGUUAUGAUCCAUCUGGUUUUGGAUGCCUUCUGAUCAAGAAAUCUGUGAUGAGCAGUCUUCAAAAUCAAUCGGGGCAUGCUGGGUCGGGUAUAGUGAAAAUAAGCCCCGUCUUUCCUCUCUACUUGAGUGAUUCUAUGGAUAAUAUCCCUGGAUUUGGAUUUGAUGAGGAUGAAGAAGUGAGUGGUGCGGGUAAAGUGAAUUCUGAAAAUCGUCCAGUAUCUCAGCUGCCAGCCUUUUCUGGUGCUUACACCUCUGCUCAGGUGAGGGAUGUGUUCGAGACAGAGAUGGAGCAUGAUAAUAGCUCUGACAGGGACGGCGCAAGCACUAUAUUUGAAGAAACUGAAAGCAUUUCUGUCGGGGAGAUGAUGAAAAGUCCGGUCUUCAGUGAAGAUGAAUCAUCGGACAACUCACUUUGGAUUGAUUUGGGUCAGAGUCCAGCAGGGUCGGAUACGGCUACUCCUUCAAACAAGCUUAAGGCAUCCUCUCCUUUACCACCUGCUUGGUUUAGCCGGAAGAACAAUAAACUCACUUCUCCAAAUGCCUCAAAGUUAGCGAGCAGCGGAAUGCACGACAAGGAGUUGAACCCAGUGUAUCAUGAGGCUCUGUCAUUUGACGCUGCUGUUCGAUCAGUUUCUCAAGAACUAGACCAUUUCAAGGAGAUACCUGAAGAAGAGCCAUUCUCGGAGGGGUAUCCCGCUUCACGAGAAUACAGGACUCGGGAUAAUCAGCACUUCCAAGAGAUUGAAGAAGAAGUUGGUAUCAAUAAUUCAACUAGCUCUGCUCUUAGGGGAUCCAAUCUUCUGACUACUCAAAAUGGCUGUGCUUCUAAGAUAUGCCUCGAGAAAGAGAGUGCUAUAAGACGAGAGACAGAAGGAGAAUUUAGAUUGCUGGAAAGGCGAGAAAAGAGUAGAAUUGCUGGAGGAAGGUUUUUUGGGAUUGAGGAGAGUGAAGCAGCUGGAAACAAAGGGGGAAGGAUAUCCUUUAGCACAGAAGACAACCACAGAGCUCAUAUUGGUAAGACCUUGGAUCCAGGAGACAUGUCUCCCAACAGCAUAGACGAUGAUGACUAUUUGAGCAACGGGGAAUGUGAUGACCAAGAAUCAGAAAGGGGUGAACCCGAGAUAAUCUGCAAGCAUCUGGAUCAUAUAAAUAUGUUGGGCCUCAACAAGACCACCUCCCGGCUCCGUUUUUUGAUCAAUUGGCUUGUGACCUCUCUGCUGCAACUAAGAUUGCCUAGUUCAGGUGGGAAAGAAAGUGCGCCGCUUGUUCACAUAUAUGGCCCAAAGAUUAAAUAUGAAAGAGGUGCUGCAGUGGCUUUCAAUGUGAGGGACAGAAGUAGGGGUCUGAUCAGUCCAGAAGUUGUACAAAAGCUGGCUGAAUCGCACGGUAUUUCUCUUGGUGUUGGAAUACUCAGUCAUAUACGCAUCAUAGAAGGGUCCAAACAGCGCGGACCUCUGAGUCUUGAGGAUACCACCCUUUGCAAGCCGAUGGGGAAUGGCGGGAAAAGUGGAUUCAUCAGAGUUGAAGUAGUGACUGCCUCACUUGCAUUUCUGAGCAAUUUUGAGGAUGUAUAUAAGUUGUGGGCUUUUGUGGCUAGAUUUAUAGAACCAAAUUUCGUGAAAGAGGGCGCGUUGCCAUCUGUUGUAGAAGAGGCUGAGGAAUGAUGGCACUCCAUUGCUGCUGGUCUAAGUUGAACAGCAAUGAAGAUGGAUUUUUUUGCCACCUCCUGCCUCGUUGCUGCUCUGUGCAUUUCUUCCUUUUUGUCUUGUUGCUUUGAUUUGCCUUGUUGUAGAGUCUGAUUUUCGAAUUUUUUUCAUUGUUUCAAAUAUUUAGUAUUUGAACUGAAGCAGAUGCAGCGUAGCAUUACACUCCUCUUAUUCAGAAUGAAUUGUUGACCCCAUUGCUUUCUGCUCUAGAAAAAUGCCAUCAUUUUUUUCUUAA